GUCGCGAGAAUCAAGCCUGACGUCGUCCCAUCUCUCAUCCUCCUCCACAAGCCUAUUCAGCCCUUGCCCUUCUGGGAAUUCGCACCAGUAGAGCGUAUUUUGGACAGGAACUCCAGGAAGAGGAAUACCGGCGUCGUCAAUACACGAACUCCGUUGGACGUUGACACCGGCCGUAGUUACCACAUUCGCAUAAGCUGCACCAAAAUGAAUUCGUCCACACAGACGCCUGCAGCGCCUGGAAGAGACACGUAUACUGGUGCCUCUACCACCGUAGAAAUUGACUGCCCGAACGAUAUCACCGGUUUGGAAAGAGUUAUGUUGAUCGCUCAAGGAGACCUGCAGCGAUUGCUCAGCGCUUUCUUCGCCAGAACAAUCAACAUCGAGUGCAUAUACUCCAACACUGGCCCUCGGAACUCGAGCGCAUCUCCUCAAAAUCCCAUCAAGCAGGCACGCCAGGUCCACCUCAAGUGUGGUACACGCAUUCUAUGCAUCGCAACUUCCUCAGUCACAGUCACUUCGCCCGAGUGCGAGAGGCUUCUGCUCGACGAACGCUUCGCCCUUGGCCAGAUAUUCCGACAUCUCCGACGCUACCCAGACUUCGCCCUUCUGAACGUUGUCGCCGAAACUGUUAACGGCAAACGCGAACUUAGGAGAACGUACAGGCUCGAAACACUGGGCAUCAUGUGUGAGAUCCUCGAGGUCUUCCCCGAUCGUGAUAUGUUCUCCAGGGGAGAAGCAUGGUUAAACCAGGAACCUCAAGACCAGACUCCCGCCGAAUCGUAGUUGUUGAAGACCUCGGCUUGUCCGAGUGCACCGGCCGCUCGGGCCACAAUGCUGCUGCUCCCACCAGAGACCCCCCUUACUCAGCUGCCUCCCACACGGACUUAGAUGUACAUAGAAUGGUCGAAACGAGAAGUUGCAGCGAUGCUUCUAUGUCAUUGUAGAUCCAUGUGUGUUUCCGCGGAAAGUUGCGGGUUGCUUUAGAGCGCUGACCAGUGUUGCCUAC